GAUCUCCGCCAGGUAAGAACGUUUAAUAUUCACGCUGCUGAUGUGAGAAAUGCUUUUCUUUAUUACGGCUGCAAAAUGAAACAUUUAUUAUUGUUAAUUUAUUACGUGUUAAUAAUAAUUUAUUAACACUGUCGUGUAAAAUAUGCUUAAACUAAUAUAAUGAAUAAAUGUGUUACUAAACUGAAAGUGAAAGUUUAUAUCUUGCACCAAAAACACGAUUCUUAUCUACAUUUUCGGCAUUUAGCAGACACUUUUAUCCAAAGCGACUCACAAUUAUGACCUGAACAUGAUUUUGAGCAGUUGAGGUUAAUGGUCUUGCUCAGGGGCCCAACAGUGGCAACUUAGCAGUGGUGGGGCUUGAACCGGCAACCUUCUGAUUACUAGUCCAGUACCUUAACCACUGAGCUAUCACUGCCCCUGAAGAUAAAAUUCUGGACUAUUAAUGUGCAUCUCCUUAUAUUCAGUGAUUCAUUUAUUUAUGUAACUAUUCAUUUGUUAGUUAUGAUGCUGUAUAUCACAGUGUUAUUAGAAAGAAACCAUGUAAACAGGAAACACUGAUCUAAAAGCACUGAUCUAAUGUAAAAGAAUAUUGCUGAACUGUGAUAAUAACAUGAAUUACAGCCCUAAGUGGAGAAAAAGACAUAUUUUGUUUAUACUGACGCCAUUUCUACCCAACAGUUACAUUCAUGUAAUAAACAAUGAACAAAAUUAUUAUUUUUUGUGGCAGAGUGGCGCAAAGGGUAGUGCUGUUGCGUCACAGCAAGAAAGUCCUGGGUUCGAUUUCUUAGCAGGCUGGGUGAGCAGGGGUCAGUGUGGGUUUCCAUCAGGUUCUCCGGGUUUUCUCUCACACACGCAAAAACAACUGGAGCUGCAAAAUUUACUCGUGUGUGUGUGUGUGUGUUCUGUGAUGGACUGGCGACCUGUCCAGGGUGUUUCCUGCCAUUUGCCCAGUGAAUUAGUAUUUUGCAUAGAAAAUAGGACAAUCUGAUUUUUUUGCUGUUCUCACUCUUUAACGGUUCUAACAGGCACAUCAGUUAUACAUCAAUAACAUCAAAUAAAUAAAAUAUUCUCAUAUUUAUAGCAACAGUAUGGUGAAGGGCCUUUCCUUUAUUUCUGUGCACAAACAGCCAUUUUCAAACAGUGUUUUAGUUUGUAAACCUAAUCACUCUUUUUUGUCUUCAACAUGCCGUGCCAACAUCUGAGGGCGUGUCAGGCUGUAGAGGAACAAGAACGUUCUCUUAUCACAAAUAGUUGAUCCAUACUGCCUGUACAUCUGUAACAGCUGCACAAAUCCUCACAGGUGAAGAUGGCGUCCCCCGCCGAACGGUUCCUGAAGGUCCACAGGAGUGAAAUCGUGGGCCGAGUGAAGAGCGUAAACGGUCUGGCUGAUUGUCUGCUUGAGAAGGAAGUGAUUUCUAAGGAAGCAUUGAAUGAGAUCAGUAGCCAGAAACCAGAAGAGGAGCAGAUGAGGACAGUUUAUAAGCAUCUGAACAGCAGUAAGGCCUAUGAAUUAACAUUAGAAUGGCUGAAGAGACACGAGUCUCAUGUGAUGGAAGAUCUGGCAGAAAAGACAGAGACUCCGGAACCGAGCCACUCGAGAGAAAAAAGACAGAGAAUCCAGAACCAUGAAGCCAUGGAUGAAACAGAUUGUGAUCUCCAAACAUCACCAGAUCUCAAGACCUUAUCCACCAUGGCCAAACUGGACGACUGGGUCUCUGAUCCUAAAAUCAGUGAAAAACUGGUUAAUGACCUGAAGGAGAAGCUUGCUCAGGGUGAAAUGGAGGGUUUGGAGGAUUAUCUGAAGGACAUAAAGCUGAAAAAGAGUCUGUGUCUCACUGCUAAAGAGAUCAACGAGAUCAGACAGAGAAAAGAUCUUCGUUCAUUUCUUACAGACGUUAAAGGAGCCAAAUUUCCUAAAAAUACACUUGACCACUUUUUUGAGAAGGUCAGAAGUAAGGCCUCAACAGCCAAGAAAAAGCCUGAACAGUACAGUAAUUACGACGACUCCAUAAACCAUAAUGCAGAUGAUUUGAACAGCAGUGGAUACGGAUCUUCAUGCAGCUCAAGUUUUAAUAGCAGAGUGUUUCCUCACACUGUGUUCCCAAAUGAGGACGUGUUCAUAUGUGAAGGUGUCACUGAUGUCAGUCACACACACAACAUGGAGGUCACGGAUUACGAGUCCAAAAGCGCAGACCUAGACUUCAAAGCGGACGUUCCACACCCAACAGAAAACGCAGAUCAGAUUCAGCAAGCUGUCAGAAGCAGUGGAGGAACCAGGGAAUUAAAAGAAAAGCAGGAAAUGGACGACACUGACUGUCCUCCUCAAACAUCCUCUCAAAACCUUUUCAAUGUUCCUCUGUUUGCCAAAAAGAGCAAGUUGUCCAGCUACAGUCCAAGCUACAGGACAAAGUCGAUACCUCAUUUGAAGAAAGAGCGGGGGUCUGGUUGUGGAAGGUUUGGAGCCAGAAGAUAAGCAGCAGAGCAGUUACAAUCAUGGAGAUGAUUUUGAUGAGCCGGAUGGACCACAAGGAAUGAUCAUUUUUCCAAAGCUUGAAGACGUUCCCCCUAGUACUUGGAGCCGAGACCUUCAACUACAGUCCGCAGAUGGUGGACGGCUAGAAAAACGCACGGACACACUAAGGAACACGGGUGAAGAGCUUAAGAAAGCCAACUGCUCCAACAUGUCUUCAUUAAAGAACCCAAAACCAAAAAGAGAGAAGAGGAGGAACGUGGAAGGACAGCCGAACAGAAGAAUCGAGCAGUACGGCACUGUGCUUUGUAACUGGUUAAUGAAUCAAUGCAGCGGCAGUGAGGAGGAGUUCAAGAAAUUAUUCGACCGUAUCUCAGUAAAACACGUAGUAGAACACAGCGAGUACCCGUUCUUCAUAGCUGAAAACAUCACAGUGUUUAAGAACCCACAAACUGGUGAAGAACAGAUCAUCGUCGUGAAGGAUGAGAAGAAGAACUCCACAGAGACCACAAGUCUGAUCCAUUAUCAGAUGUUUGUGUGUGACAUUCAGAAAACUGUCCUCUUAGGUUCUAAAGAGCCUAAAGAGAAGCAGAUCGGCUUUGAGGAGUCCGAGGUUCCUGUAAAUCGCUGCCUGAGGAGCAUCCUGGAGGUGUUCGCUCCUGCUCUCGCUGUGUUCAAAAAUAUUCAAAGAAAAGAAAGACUGGACUCGUAUCUGAAAACGAUCCAAGGGCGGAAAGAAAAUCCUCGUUAGUGUAUUUGUGGAGGAUCAGAGAACAGUACAUGGAACAGGAGUUUUGCCUAGGUUACAAACCCAAACUGUCAUCUUACGCUGGGAAAAUACGUCCAUUUGUUCAGAUAUAAUCCAAGAUUUUGAUUAUUUCUCAAUAUUUUGAGUCUUUAACGUUCACGGCUUCACACUGCAGCCCCGAUCAUGAAUGUUUUUUAAUCCAUUGUUUUGUUUCCACACUCGUCGACUGGCUGAUUAAGGACGUCUGUGCUGAAAAUACUCAGAAAAAAAAUAUUUACUGUUUUUUUAUUUCUUUUAUUGAUUUUUAAAACAAUACCUGCACAAAGCUGUAAAAUUUCUCCUAUUUUUGCAUAUUUGUCACACAGAAGUUUCAAAUCAAACUACUUUUAAUAUCAGACAGACUGAAAAAAUCAUUCCAACCUUCUGAGACCGCAUUCCAACAGAAGAACAUCGUACCAGGGUUUUUAAUCACACACGACUCCUACAUACAGGAGCAGCCGAAAGAAGAAAAGAAAUCUCAUUUUUUAUGUUUUUUUAGGUUUGACAGGGCAGUGGUAGCUCAGUAGUAAAGGUACUAGAUCAAAAGGUCACUGGUUUAAGCCCCACCACUGCCAAGCUGCCACUGUGUACUUUGGUGUCCUGCACAGAAAACUGAAGCUGAACGUUUUAAAGUUUAUGUUCCACUAAUUCAGUCACUGUAUAAGAUCAGCUGUUAAUAUUAAUAAAAUCCCAAGAAUAAAA